AUGAUGAGCUUGCGCGGUAUCUUGGAAGCAGUCCAUUGCCUAAUGCCUACUGCACCCUGGGUGUUCUGGAAAGACCAUGAAGAUGAGUUCCCAGAACUUGCUAGUCUUGCACGGGAUGUUCUCUCAAUUCCUGCCACUGGUGCUGGUGUUGAGAGACUCUUUAAUUCUGCAUGUGAUGUUUUUCAUUACCGCCGCGGCUCCCUGAAUGCCUCAACUAUUCAGGAGCUUAUGAUGUUUAUGUGUACAACUAAGUUUGAGGUAGAAGAGGCGCAGCUUGCAUAUUUAUGGGAGUUUCUUACACGGCAAGAGCGAGAAGCAGCAGAAGAGGAAAGAGAUGUACAGCAGACACGGGAUAGUGUUGAUCCAAUUAGUGAUAAUGAGGAGGAUAGCUCACCUGCUAAUGUGCAGCUCAUGGCACCAAGCAAGCGUGCUUUAGGGAAAUGGCGCAAAAGCCAUGAUUCUGAGGCAGAAGGUGAGGUAGACCAUGAGCUUGAUCAUGAUGAUGAUUAUGGUGAUCACCCCUUGCCUACAAUCCCACAGCGAGAGAGUACGCAAAUAUGGAACUCAGGAAGGAACCGCAAGAAGCCUCGCCGUGAGGAUGAUGGCUUUGAGUACUAUUAG